AAGGGUUAAGGCGGAGAGGAGAGGUUCGGGCUGACGUCGCUCCGGCUGAAGGUGGUUCCCCUUGGAUGAGGAUGGGAGAGCCUGGCGAGCUGAAACCCGAGCUCCCGCUCAGCUGGGGCUCAGGGAGGUCCCUGUAAGAGCCGCCUGCCCACCGGCCUCCCCGGUCCCUCCCCGAAGUCACUCGGGCACCGCCGCGGGGACGAUGGAGCUGGGCUGGUGGCCGCAGUUGGGGCUGGCUUUCCUGCAGCUCCUGCUCAUCUCGUCCUUGCCCAGAGAGUACACGGUCGUUAACGAAGGCUGCCCCGGAGCCGAGUGGAACAUCAUGUGUCGCGAGUGCUGCGAAUAUGAUCAGAUCGAAUGCGUCUGCCCCGGGCGGAAGGAGGUCGUGGGGUACACCAUCCCUUGCUGCAGGAACGAGGAGAACGAGUGUGACUCCUGCCUGAUCCACCCCGGUUGUACCAUCUUUGAAAACUGCAAGGCUUGCCGGAACGGCUCAUGGGGUGGCGCUCUGGACGACUUCUACGUAAAGGGGGUGUACUGCGCAGAGUGCCGCGCCGGCUGGUACGGAGGAGACUGCAUGCGAUGUGGCCAGGUUCUGCGAGCCCCGAAGGGUCAGAUUUUGUUGGAGAGCUACCCCCUGAAUGCUCACUGCGAAUGGACCAUUCACGCCAAACCUGGGUUUAUCAUCCAGCUAAGGUUUGUCAUGCUGAGCCUGGAGUUUGACUACAUGUGCCAGUAUGACUAUGUUGAGGUCCGUGACGGGGAUGACAGCGACGGCCAGAUCAUCAAGCGUUUCUGUGGCAACGAGCGGCCAGCCCCCAUCCGAAGCUCGGGAUCCUCGCUCCACAUCCUGUUCCAUUCAGAUGGCUCCAAGAAUUUCGACGGCUUCCAUGCCAUUUUUGAGGAGGUCACAGCAUGUUCCUCGUCGCCUUGUUUCCAUGACGGCACUUGCCUCCUUGACAGAACCGGAUCUUACAAGUGCGCCUGCCUGGCAGGCUACACCGGGCAGCACUGUGAAAAUCUACUUCAAGAAGGGAACUGCACAGACCCUGGGGGCCCAGUCAAUGGGUACAGGAAAAUAACAGGAGGCCCUGGGCUGAUCAAUGAGCGCUAUGCAAAAAUCGGCACUGUUGUGUCCUUCUUUUGUAACAACUCAUAUGUUCUCAGUGGCAAUGAGAAGAGAACUUGCCAGCAGAAUGGAGAGUGGUCGGGGAAACAGCCCAUUUGCAUAAAAGCCUGUCGAGAACCAAAGGUCUCGGACCUGGUGAGACGGCGAGUUCUUCCGAUGCAGGUGCAGUCCAGGGAGACACCGUUACACCAGCUGUAUUCGUCAGCCUUCAGCAAGCAGAAACUGCAGGCUGCCCCCACGAAGAAGCCAGCCCUUCCCUUUGGAGACCUGCCCGCUGGGUACCAACAUCUGCACACCCAGCUCCAGUACGAGUGCAUCUCGCCCUUCUACCGCCGCCUGGGCAGCAGCCGGAGGACGUGUCUGAGGACCGGGAAGUGGAGUGGGCGUGCCCCGUCCUGCAUCCCUAUCUGUGGGAAAACUGAGAACAUCACUGCUCCAAAGACCCAGGGGCUGCGCUGGCCGUGGCAGGCGGCCAUCUACAGGAGGGCCAGCGGGGUACACGGUGGCAGCCUGCAGAAGGAUGCAUGGUUCCUGGUCUGCAGCGGUGCCCUGGUGAACGAACGCACUGUGGUGGUGGCUGCCCACUGUGUAACUGACCUGGGGAAGGUCACUGUGAUCAAGACAGGAGACCUCAACGUCGUCCUGGGGAAAUUCUACCGGGAUGAUGACCGAGAUGAGAAGACCAUCCAGAGCUUGCGGAUUUCUGCAAUCAUUCUCCAUCCCAACUACGACCCCAUCCUGCUGGACGCUGACAUCGCCGUCCUGAAGCUCCUGGACAAGGCUCGCAUCAGCACUCGCGUCCAGCCCAUCUGCCUCGCGGCCCCUCGGGACCUAAGCACCUCCUUCCAGGAGUCCCGCAUCACUGUGGCCGGCUGGAACGUCCUGGCAGAUGUGAGGAGCCCUGGCUUCAAGAACGACACGCUGCGCUCGGGGGUGGUCAGGGUGGUGGACUCGCUGCUGUGCGAGGAGCAGCAUGAAGAGCGCGGCAUCCCGGUGAGUGUCACAGACAACAUGUUCUGUGCCAGCCGGGACCCCACCGCUCCUUCCGACAUCUGCACGGCAGAGACGGGGGGCAUCUCAGCUGUGUCCUUCCCGGGACGGGCGUCUCCUGAGCCACGCUGGCAUCUGGUGGGGCUGGUUAGCUGGAGCUAUGACAAAACAUGCAGUCACAGCCUCUACACGGCCUUCACCAAAGUGCUGCCUUUUAAAGACUGGAUCGAGAGAAACAUGAAAUGAGCCUCAGGCCCACUGAGAAGUACCCAGCCGCACCUGUGUGGCACGAGGCACAGUGGACCUGAAGGGCGAUCCUGUCCAUGAACUUGGCUGGGCCAAGGUUGUGAUUUCAGGGACUAAGCUCAGUGGAGGACGAAGGGAGCUCACUCCUUGGUGGGCCACUGCCCCCCUGACUGCUCGGACCAUUUGGAAGACACCAGAGCUGUUAGCAAGAACUGACUUUCUUCAAAAAAGACGAUAAUGAAUAGCAAGGAAAAUGUUCCCAUUCAACCAACCUGGUGGCCUCCCCAACCCCUUCAGUGACGGGAAUGUCAUGGUCAGCUCUGAUCGAGAGAGGGUGGACCAGGACAUCUGGGCCUCGUGAGCUCUCUUCCAAGGCUCCAGCCAGACCCAGUUCCAAGGUGCUGCCUGCAGGCCAGCCCAGGGCAGUGGAGCUUGGGUGUGGCGUCGGCUUUUCUGUACGUUGUCACACCGCGUGGUCCUUUUCCUUCCCAAUUCCCUAUACACAUUUUAAUAAAUCGAGGAUUGGCUUCUCUCCUACAGAACAAAGGUGCUACGGCUCUGAUUCCUGCACGCUGCUUCUCUGAGCUACGUGUGUCAGGGCCAAUGACUUGGUGACAGCCCCUUAAAAUAGAUCCUAAAGUUACGGUUCCCAAGUAAUGCAUAUGGCAAAGCCAUGCCGUCUUUCCAGUGCUUGGAGUUUGCUGGGUCAUAGACUGGAGGAUGAGGGACAUGGUGCCAUCAGAUAAGGCACAGAGGACAAUACCAGGGGUUAGAUGAUUUCUGGGGUCCCCUCUGGUUCUCUUGUUCUAGAUCUAACACAAAACCCUGCUUUGAAUCUCCAUCAAUCUUUUGACAUAUUUUCAUAGCAUAUGAAUUGGAAUCACUUAUUUACUUAUACUAGAUUGAAAUAUGGCAAGAAACUGUAGCUUCAGUGUUUUCUAUAAUUUAUGUGAUUUGCCUUUCAAGCCCCACCCCCAGCUCCCACUGGAUAGUGGAGGAAACGAUGAAUUGAAUCCAAUCCAAUCCUUGGAGCCAUCUUUUCAGUAACUAUCUCUUUUUGGGGGGACUCAUUCCUUUAUCCUUUCUCCAGUUUCCUCCUCUCCAAGAUGGUACCGUGGAAGCUUGUGCAACUUCAAGCACUGGGGCCCAGUAGGACUCUGAGUUCCUGCAGGUUCUUGGGUGUGUGUGGUGGGCGUUCUGCUGACACUGACUUUGGGUGCUGGGGUCUGUAACUACUGUAACUUGUGCUGUGUUCUCUCUGCUUCCCUGGGUCCUCCCCGCCAAUGUGGCCCCACCUCAGCUCUGGCUGGCACUGGUGCUCCUGAGAUGUGGGGGUGACUUCUCUUUGACCCUGGUUUGGGUCACUCAGCCUCAUUGCCACAAUGGUGUCCUUCUCUGGCAGCUACCCAGCCAGACUCUCAGUGACCUCCCAUCCACCCCCGGGGUCUUGUGGAAACUUCUCCAUCUUUUCUGUAUCUCAAGAGGGCUGAGAGCCCAGGGUUGGUACAGGGCACCCUGGGAGACAUUCGUUCCCUAUAGACUGAAACAGGAACUUUACUCUUCCUCAGGCUGUCAGAGAACUUUGACCUCAAAGACUUUAGCCCCAAGACAGGAGGUCAGGACACAUUUGUCUCCCAACCUGUCUCGCCAUCUCUGUGUCUUUACACAAUUCCCUGAGCCAGAAGAGAAUUUCUGGUACUUUUUCUUUUCAUCAGGCUUUCUUGGAGCUUUCUAUGACUCACAUCCUGCUCCUUUCGGCCACCCCCCGCAUCCCCGUGGUUUAAUCUAAGAGCAAGGCAGUGGUUAUCAACUUCUGAGUUACACUCAACGCUUACUGGGUUAAAACAAAACAUGCGCAUUCCCUCCUGGUUUCAGUGGGUCAGGAACCGGGGAGCUAAAGCUGACGUGAGGUCGCUGUCGUCUGAGACCCCCACUGGGGCUGGAGCACUGGAUUUGACAACGAUGAUCAGGUCGCUCAAAAGUUUUUCUUUCUUUUUUUAAGCCUAGAAAGCUUGGAGCUUGAAAGGUGUAGCAGAAGUCCCAUCAAAGAGAUCUGAAUUCAAAUCCUGUCUUUCAACUUCUUUCCUAAGUGAUCUUGGGCGAGUCAGCUGCCCUCUCUACCUCAGUUCCAUCAGCUGCUAGGUUGAUAUAAUAAAGCCUGUCUUUUGUGGGAGCUGCGACAGUUCAGCGAGAUAGUGUGUGAAGCAGUGAUGAUAGUGCUCGGCACAUAGUUGGGGGCUGCGGGACCUGGAGGGGCAGGGCUGUCCGGUGGGCACGGGUCCACACAGCCUCCGCACCUGCCUCUGUGGGCGCAUCUCACACGGGGGCCCACGCUCACAUUCUCCAUUCUCUAGCUCUGGCCUGGCCCCUCACCUGGGCCAUGAUGUUCACUGCUUUCUUGACAUUCUCUUUACUGCUUAGUGUCAUUUUUCAUCCUUGCCUCGCCGUUCAGAUUUGGUUCACAUUUAUGUCAUCCCAGCCAAGACUCUGAUCCCCUCAGAAGCUGAGUCUGGCCCCAAAUCCUGGUAAUGGCACCUCGGGGCGCUUGGUUAAUAGCCAAAUGGUCAUGUACCGCCCCCCCCUCCCCAAUCUUCUUACCCCAGCACUGCUCUCGUGAGCUGCAAGAACUCAAUCACAGUAAUGUAAGAAUCUAGGUCAGGACAAGAGAGUCAGACAUGAGCCUGUCCCUUGGCCAUAUCUGGUGCUGCAGGAAUGUCAUCCAUCUCCCUUCAUAACAUGGCCCCUUGCAUCGUAGGAUAGAACUCCAAGAAUGAGAGAUCUCCUGUCACCUGGGAAUCUGGAGUGUAUUUCAGUCGGAGUUUUUUCAGAGAAUCAGAACUUCUAAGAGUCAUAUAGAAUCAGAGAUUGUAAUGACCAUAUACAGUUGUGGGCACUGGGGGAGAGGUCUGUACAAGCCUGUUGCCUUUGUGUCUGGUAUUGGACCUGAAAUCAACUGGGCUGGCAGUAGGGAAGGAAAGCUGGAUGUGAAGUUGGCAGAGCAAGGACAAACUGCAACACAUGAGGGCAAAAGGAAACUCAUGUUUGUCUCUUGCUGUCCACAACCUCAAUGGUGUGAGUGACCUGCAGGAGAAGCUGGCACCCUUUGCAUGUAGCUGCACAGACACCUGGUCCAGGACACUCAGAGAAGCUGGAAGAGGAUUUCCAGCAGGUGCCAGAGGAGCUGUGGGCCUGGGUGCUAUCUCACCCCGCCAAGGGAGCUGGUAGGUCAGUGACGUUGUGUGUGAACUGCUCCAGUGUCUGACGUGCUAUACUGACGGUCAGAACAUGGAGACAGCUCUCGCUUCAUUCGCCUCUUCAAAUCUCUUCUAAGUUUCUCUUGCGCCCAGUUUAACCCAGAACCAUACAAAGAUCCCUUUGUAUCUUGCCUAUGAACAGACAAAUGCAAGGUCACUACGCAAAGCACAGAGGUACCAAAUAUCCCCCUCCUGCUGCUGCUUUCCCACUUACGGCUUUAGGCGUGAUCUGUUCUUCCUUCCUUCUAGACAAGAUGGAGAUGGACGAUUAUAGAAUUCUCUCCUGCUUGAGAUGCUUCCUGGCAGCGUCCAAUCCAGAACAAAGCCCUACUUCCUUGAAAUCUCCUCCAAAUCACCUAACAUAAGCCCAAACCCUAUAAUUUCUUUCUAAGACUCUCUUGAUGAGACAUUGAUGUACAUUUUCCUUCACUUCAAAGAGCAAUAAAUUCAACAUGUUCAACUACAA